CGCGAACUCCCCAGGCCAGGACGCCCUGCUCUAAUUGCCGUGAGAAACACGUGAGAUGUGACAAACAACAACCGAUAUGCUCACGAUGCAAGGAAAAAGGAUGGGAUUGUAUACCUGCUCAGCGAAAAUCGGUUUUCCGCCAAGGAUCAACCGCCAGACUUGAUGGGAGCUUUGCAAAGGAUCAAUCCUGGAUGAGCAGUGAGGCGAAGAAGUGGAAGGCAUACCCAGCAGGCCCGAUCUCAGAUUCCGUGGACAGGCUUAGAACCAUCGAUAACGGUGAUGAUCUGGAAGAAUAUGAAACGACACAAUUACCCGAGAUUAGCAACAGUGGAUGGACAGACUCUAAUGGCUCGUCUCUGGUUGGAUCUCCGUCUUUCGCGGCCAAUGCCGACUCCUAUGGAAGUGCGAGUACUGGGGAGAGCCAUACCCAUCAAGAGCAUCAUUCCGAGUCAGAUAACUCACCAGUACAGGACGUAUCAGUUCAACUGUACGCAUCCGACAACAUACCAAACGUUGAGACGGCACAGUCCUAUAUUUCCCCGGACUGGUAUGGCACGAGCCAUGUCGGACCUCAAAGCCCAGAUAGAUACAAUAGGACCAUAAGUACCAAUGGUGCCCAGUCUGAUCCUCCCCCAGAGCAGAGCGUUCAGGAGGCUUGCCUUUUGCGACACUUCAUCGAGGAGAUAUCGCCAUGGUUCGACCACUGCGACGAUCGGAGGCAUUUUCAACUUGUGGUGCCUCGCCGAGCGCAGCACUGUUCCAUCAUUCGAAACGCCCUUUUUGCAGUCUCUGCUCGCCAUUUAGCCCGACUGCCGCAGUAUGCAACACCAGAUGGAAUCAUUUAUCACGGUCAGCUGCUUCCUAAUCUUCAGAAAUGUACCGCGGUGGAAUAUACCCUCAAAUGUAUUCCCGACCUCAUCAGGUUCCCCGAGAUGAGUGACCCCGUGGACCAAGAGAACAUUAUGGUUGCUACUGUGAUUCUACGGCAAUAUGAGGAGAUGGAGGAGGAUAUAGACAAUGAUACUGUAGACAUGUCUGCGCAAGACAGAGUCAACUUCUUGGCCAUCACCCAGAGGAUCAUUGAUUCCAUGAUCUCUUACCGGCUGAAGCAGUCGCUUGCCACUGCAGCCUAUUGGAUAGCUAUUCGCCAAGAAGUGUACUAUGGCUUGACGAGAGAACGUGCACCAAAUAUGCGAUUCGGGCCAGACGAUUGGCGCAAUGCCUCUGUUGCCAAUACGUUGAUUAUGCUCGCUAGCGAGGUGACUAAAUGGUGCUGGGGCGAUAAAUCAACCGAAGAAUGGGAGCGACUCAUGCUGCGCCACCAGAAGCUCAGAGAGGAGUAUCAUACCGGACUAGCCCCAAUACUAGAGAGGCGAGCAGAUCGACUCCGCGGUGAAUUAUUUCCUACGAUAUGGUAUAGCUCGGACGACCAGGUGACGGCAGUGCAGCAUUUGGAGCUGGCUGGAAUGAUCUUGACUGCUCAGAACCCGCAUCUUGAAACAUCCACUCGCACUGCACACCGUAAAGCUGAAUCCCAAGUCCGAUCGAUCGUUCUUAAAAUCUGCGGGAUUGCUCUAAACCACGCCCGAUGUCACCCAGCGCUGGUCAAUGCCGUGAUUGCAAUUAAUCUCUACGGCGAAUACUUUACGGAGCCAGAGGAGCGCGACGCAUUAGUUUCCAUUAUCGACCGGACUCGAGAGUUGCAUUCGUGGCCCAUGCAAAAGCGCUACGCCCGACUUCAGCAUCAAUGGCAAUUAGUAGACAGCUGCACCCUUUAGGUAUUGUAGGUACUAUGCCCACUGCCAGGUGGAUAUGCUAAGGCUCGGCGCAAUUUAACAUAAUGAUCGGCAGGACAUCUGUCUGGAAGGGUCCUGAUGUCGGCAGACUUGGCCCCAUUGACAAGGUUUUGGCCCCUUGGCAGGUCUUAAUGGCCCCACGACACGAGAAUAGGGCUGGAAGGGAGGCUCUCAUGGAUAAUUUUCAUGUCAGAUUUUGUUAGUUCUUACUGCCAAGAAUAUGGCCCCCAUUGGAUGCAGGGUCCGGUCAGCAGGGAGAAGCUCGGCGUUU